AUGGAUGACUUCGAGUACGAGCCUCUGCAUGAUUUCACCAACCAUAUGUACCAACAUGUGAUAUCUAGUGUGUUUAUCAGCGAAGGGGGUGAAGACCCCCGUCGUGUAACUGUGUACAAACUGUGCAUAAUGGCCAAGUCGAAGCUUCUCACAUUACGCCUGUCUGAAAUUGAAGAUUACGAAACCCUCACUCUGGAUCUCCUCACCUUUGAACAAAUUAGCUUCCUCAUUCAAACCUAUUUCUACCACCCAGUUCCAAUUAUUCCAGAGCAGCUACUGCGUGAACAUGCCAAAACAUUCUACAUCGCUGCCAAAUAUUACGGACUGAGACUUCUUCGAGAGAUUGCACGAGACUGGAUCUCGUCUCAUUUUACCAUCAAUAGCGCCCUCUGUCGUCUCGUAAUUUAUGGAAUUUUGUUUACACACAUGGAGGCUGCUUUUGCUGAACACGACGACGUUGAAACAAAGGAGGAAGCUAUUCUACUAGACAACACAAAAAUCAGAACUUCCGCAUUAGCUUUCCUUGCACAUUCUCUACAAAGCGUUUCCACCACGGUAGACUUUCCAGAGUUCGUCCAAGCUAAUCCAAAUCUCACCCUUGAUCUCAUACGUUACAUCGCAACUCAACACAAAUGCCCACAAUGCAAAACCAGAAACCAAUUCUACUAA